AUGAAUCUGCUGUUAUCCCUGCUCCUGGUUUUUCUGCCCUGUGUGGAUGGCUAUAUUUGGGCUUGGAUGCUGUCAAUGCCGUAUAACAACCCUGAGGAUGCUGCAGGCCUGACCAGAAUCUCCACAGCCAAAGGACACAACACUGCAACGUGUGACAAUGAUCGUAGCUGUGGACGUGGCCUGUUCUGUGAUCGUCAUUUUGGGUUGUGUGUGGCCCUGCGCCAUGAAGGACAGUACUGCCGCAAGGAUUCUCAGUGCGUACGAGGACUUGGAUGCAUGUAUGGACGAUGCCAAAGGGUCAUACCAGGUGGGCAUGAAGGUUCCCGCUGUCGUCUAGACAAAGAUUGCCCCUCCACCAUGUGCUGUGCCAGGCAACAUGGUGAGAUGAUCUGCAAGCGGCGACUUCCAGCUGGGAGCAACUGUUUUGUUCCAGAAGGUGGCUUGGCAUUUAGCAUUAAUGAAGUGUGCCCCUGCGAGGAGGGACUUAUCUGCAGCUCAUCACACACCCCACGAGAGUGA